CGUGUCGCCGCCGCCGCCGCCCGAGCGCCGCCGAGCGCACGCCGAGCCCGCCGCCGCCAUGGCCACCACGGUGACCUGCACCCGCUUCACCGACGAGUACCAGCUCUACGAGGACAUUGGCAAGGGGGCUUUCUCUGUGGUCCGCCGCUGUGUCAAGCUCUGCACUGGCCAUGAAUAUGCUGCCAAGAUCAUCAACACCAAGAAGCUGUCAGCCAGAGAUCACCAGAAGCUGGAGAGAGAGGCCCGGAUUUGCCGCCUGCUGAAGCACUCCAACAUCGUGCGUCUGCAUGACAGCAUCUCUGAGGAGGGCUUCCACUACCUGGUCUUCGAUCUGGUCACUGGAGGGGAGCUAUUUGAAGAUAUUGUGGCGAGAGAGUACUACAGCGAGGCUGACGCCAGUCAUUGCAUCCAGCAGAUCCUGGAGGCCGUACUCCACUGUCACCAAAUGGGGGUCGUCCACAGAGACCUCAAGCCCGAGAACCUGCUCCUGGCCAGCAAAUGCAAAGGGGCCGCGGUGAAGCUGGCGGACUUCGGGCUGGCCAUUGAGGUGCAGGGGGACCAGCAGGCGUGGUUUGGAUUCGCAGGCACGCCGGGUUACCUGUCCCCUGAGGUCCUCCGUAAGGAGGCAUAUGGCAAGCCCGUGGACAUCUGGGCAUGUGGGGUGAUCCUGUACAUCCUGCUGGUGGGCUACCCGCCCUUCUGGGACGAGGACCAGCACAAGCUCUACCAGCAGAUCAAGGCCGGAGCUUACGACUUCCCAUCCCCUGAGUGGGACACAGUCACUCCUGAAGCCAAAAACCUCAUCAACCAGAUGCUGACAAUCAACCCUGCCAAGCGCAUCACAGCCCACGAGGCCCUGAAGCACCCAUGGGUCUGUCAACGCUCGACUGUGGCCUCCAUGAUGCACAGGCAGGAGACUGUGGAGUGUCUGAAGAAGUUCAACGCCAGGAGGAAGCUCAAGGGUGCCAUCCUUACCACCAUGUUGGCCACGCGGAAUUUCUCAGUGGGCAGACAGACCACCGCUCCAGCCACAAUGUCCACCGCGGCCUCCGGCACCACCAUGGGGCUGGUGGAACAAGCCAAGAGUUUGCUCAACAAGAAGGCAGACGGAGUCAAGCCCCAGACAAACAGCACCAAAAACAGUUCGGCCAUCACCAGCCCCAAAGGGACGCUCCCUCCUGCCGCCCUGGAGCCUCAAACCACCGUUAUCCAUAACCCAGUGGACGGGAUUAAGGAGUCUUCGGACAGUACCAACACAACCAUGGAGGAUGAGGACGCCAAAGCCCCCAGGAUCUCUGACAUCCUGAGCUCCGUGAGAAGGGGCUCAGGAACCCCAGAAGCCGAGGGCCCCCUCUCUGCGGGGCCCCCGCCCUGCCUGUCUCCGGUUCUCCUAGGCCCCCUGCCCACCCCGUCCCCCAGGAUAUCUGACAUCCUCAACUCAGUGAGGCGGGGCUCAGGGACCCCAGAAGCCGAGGGCCCCCUGCCAGUGGGACCCCCACCCUGUCCAUCUCCGACUCUCCCCGGGUCCCUGCCAGCCCCGUCCCGGAAGCAGGAAAUCAUCAAGACCACGGAGCAGCUCAUCGAGGCUGUCAACAACGGCGACUUCGAGGCCUACGCGAAAAUUUGUGACCCCGGCCUCACCUCCUUUGAGCCUGAAGCUUUGGGCAACCUGGUCGAAGGCAUGGACUUCCACAGAUUCUACUUCGAGAACCUGCUGGCCAAGAACAGCAAGCCGAUCCACACGACCAUCCUGAACCCCCACGUGCACGUCAUUGGUGAGGAUGCGGCCUGCAUCGCCUACAUCCGCCUCACGCAGUACAUCGACGGCCAGGGCCGGCCCCGCACCAGCCAGUCUGAGGAGACACGGGUGUGGCACCGCCGCGAGGGCAAGUGGCAGAACGUGCACUUCCACUGCUCGGGCGCGCCCGUGGCCCCACUGCAGUGAGAGUGGCGCCUGGUCUCGCUGGACAGAGUCGGUGUCUGCAGCCCGGCCGCCUUGGCCACGGCCUGCCUGUCGCAUGUUUGUGUCGCCUGGUCCCCUCCCCCGGUGCCUGUGUCUGCAGAAAAACAAGACCAGAUGUGAUUUGUUUUUAAAAAAAAAAAAAUGAUGAAGACAACGACAACCACACACACACACACACACACACACACACACACACACUGACAUCAGAUGAAAUGGGAAAAAAAAAAAACAAUCUAAAAGGAAAAAGCUGUACAAAUCUGGCAUUUGUGGGGCUGCCCCCAUCCAAGCUCCACGUGCGUUCCUUGUGCUCCUGGCCACGGGGAUGCCCGGGCGUGAGGAGCUGCCAGGCCCCACGCGUGCUGAACGGUGUUAGUCUGUAGGUAUCGCGCUCGCCCUGUACCCUGGGCGUCUGCAUCCUCCCGCCUGCGCAUGCCCCUGCGUGUGCUCGCCUCGCUGUUGUGAUGUCAGGUGUCUUGGGAGGGCUGCGGGCCGCCGGCUGCUCCUGUCCUUGCUUUGCCAUCCCUUCCCUCCAGAAGGGCUGCUGUGGGCUUCCAGAGCCGUGGACCCACCACCCAGUAUGCACGGCCGCUGGUCCCUGAAGCGUGCAGGAGACGGCCAUCCCGCAGGCCAGCAGAGGAGCCCCGAGCCCCAGGCCCUGGCACUGGUCCUCGGGACUGAGGUGUGGACAGGCACACUGCCUGAGAGAAUGCGUUGGCUGCAGCUCCAACCUGCCCUGCUGAAGAAGAGGACUUGGUUGGGGCUGGGCCCUCCUGCUUGGGACACCUGUUCCUUCCCUGCCAGCCAGCAGCAGUCACAGAGGUUGUCCCUGUGUAGCUGGGAGCAGAUCCCACCACAACAGACGUGGGACAGGCCAACUGCCUCUGGGGUGUUUGCCAGCUGAGCUUGGGAGCUUCAUGUGUGCUCAGGGCUGGCUGACACAGCGAGUGGCACAGGCAGGGAAGGUGGGGGCCCAGAAUCUAUAGGAGCUGUUUGAUGGAGUGCUCUUGUGACCUGGACCUAGAGCAGAGGCAGAGGUAGGAGCCAUCCCGGUGCGAGGAGGGCUGGAGAGGAGGCCAUCUGGGGAUGGGGACACCAGCAAGUGGAGGGCAGGUCUGUGGGGACAGUGUGCUGCCCCCAGGAUGGUGGCGGUCCAGCCCUUCGUGAUGUGAGGCACUGUGGUGAAGCUGGGGACAGAGUGUGAGGGCAGCAGUGGGGAUGGUCAGGGGCCUCUACCCCAGUGCUGCCCACCUUCAAUUCAUGUCGUUUUCCACAAGGAUUUUCUUUAUCUUCCCCCACAAAUCAAGGCAGGGGAGGGGCACAGAGUGGGGAACAGGACACAGAAUUCCAAAUUUCAAGGGGACUGUCCACCACGGACACUCAGAGUGGACGCCACCUUCUGUCCGCACUGUGUCUGGGACAGCUGUCUCCAUCCAUGGACACAGGGUAAACAUCUGCCAGGCUCCACACAAUGGGCUCCAGGCCACGGACCACAGCAGGGCUCACCACGGACGGCACUGUAGCCCCACAGCUGGCCACCCUGGUGUCCUGGGGCCUCCUCCCUUCCUCUCUCAUUCCCCUUGUUAUCUCUACGGAGCUGCCUGUCUGGGAUCAUUUGGGACUUUUUUCUGGGGGAUAGUUCUUUUGCAUGACCCUCUCCAAAGAGUAGGCCAUGCCUGCUCUGCUAGCUAGGUGUUUGCAGGUGGUGGUGUCACCGCUGGCCAGCGCUGCAGGGUGUCACGGCCCACGGUGCUGGUGGCCCUCCCUCUUCUCUUUUUGCUGAGUUUCAUUGUCUUUUCUUUCUGAGCCUUGUAGGUGUACAAAAAUUAUUCUU